CCGAACUUCCGGCUGCUGGAACUGUUGAAAAACAAAAAUACAUAUGUUUCAUUUUCAUUACUCGCAAAAACAGUUUUAGUUGUAUAACGAAGUGGAAAUGGAUUGGAUAAAAAUAGAAUUGCUGUUCGUUUGUGCAAUUACUUCUGUCAGUUUAAGCUCUGCGUCAAGCUGCGGAUCGGAUGACUACAAGUUUGAGUUCACUCAGUGUGAUGUAGAUGGCCAUAGAUGGAGAGUGUCAGUUCCAAACAAGGACUGUGAACCUACAGCGUCGGGUUAUAACCUCCCUAUAAAAGGCACUGACUGUAAUCAAGAAUGCACUGCAGGAGAAUUUCUGAAUAUGGACAGUAUGAAAUGCGAGCCUUGUCCGUCGGGAACAUACUCAAGUGGCAACAUAGCACGCUUUGAUAGCUGGAGUACACUUCCUGAAGGCUUCUCCGUAACAACGGAGUCAUUCCAGGGAUUUGGAGACAGCAGUGAUGAUAUUGCUGAUUGCUCAAAGUAUGAGUGGACACCUAAGGGAUCGUAUAUUGCUGUAUUGCCUGGUGAAUGUGCAGCUAACCUGAUCUUCUCUACAACGUUGUUGAAGGCGGGAAAACUAUCCUUCGAGUACCAGUUUCCUAGUACAACCACCAUCUUCCAUAUAACAGUUCAGAAUGAUCAGUGUCAAGCAUCUGGUGACAAAGAUUCCAGCAAAUGGCCGGACACAACAAAUGAAGGGGAAUGGCAGAGUUUAACUCUGAGCCUAAAGUCUGGAUUUAAUGUGAUAACUUGGAGAGUGAUUGGUAUAGGCACCACAGAGGAAACAAGCCCACUGCUUCUUAGAAAAAUGUCAGUCAACGGUGUAGCAUACACAUCUGAAUGUACGAAGUGCCCAGCAGGAACGUACAGCAGUGCGAGUGCUACAAUAUGUACACCAUGUCGGGCUAAUAAGUUCUCGAAAGAAGGAGCAACCAGCUGUUCAGAUUGUGAUGUGAAGAAAUACUACUCUGUUGCUGGAUCAACUAACUGCACCGAGCGACCACCUUGCACUGAAGCAGACUAUUACCAUAUCCUCAAACCAUGUGAUGAGAAUGGCAAGACUACCACCAUCUAUGUAUGGGUCCAGCCUGCCAUCUGUAACCCUGACAACCCAUCAUCUGUCAAGCUUCCACAAGCCUCGGACCUCAUUGACUGCCACUCCUGCAACCCAGGCAUGCACCUUGUGAACAAGACGUGUACUUACUGUCCAGCGGGGCAGAUGUCCGAUGGUACAGAAUGUAAAGAAUGUGCAGCAACCACUGCCCCCGAUUACGGAUACGAGCUUGUAAAUUGGAAUGACAUUUCAGAAGUUAUUCAGACUUCCUGUGUGUCCUUUUCAGAAACGAAUUGUAACAAUGACAGCAAGUGGUUGCCAUAUGGAGAUCAUGUGCGUACACAUUUUGCCCGAGGAGAGAGUGCUUACCUUGUGAUGAUGAUAAAAGUGGAUGGCUUCCGAGUUCAACAGAAGGCUGGUGAAGGCGGAACAAGCACCGUGGGACAGUUUAGUGUUGUAUUUGAAACUGUCUGUAAGGGGUUUUGUCAGUUUGUUUUACUGUCAGAUGAAAGUGGAAAGCAAGAUCUUAUUAAAAGCUGGGAAAAUUCGCAAAGUAGGAAUAAAUUCACAUAUGACAUCAAGCGGAAUGGUUCCUUCACAUUCACGUUGGCGUUCCAGAACUCUGGCUGGUUGAUGGAUCCUACAGCGAUUGCAGAUAGCAUUGCCAAGGUUUACUCUAUACAGAUCACAAAUACCAUGGGUGGUGGUGCAAGUAACUGCCGUAAAUGCCCUAAAGGAACAAAUGAUGAUGGCUGCGUCCCCUGUCCAGAUGGUUCUUACAUUGACCCAACGACAACUACCUGUGUCACAUGUCCACCUGGUACAGUGGUCAGCUCACACAGUGCAUAUGGGGCAGACUCAUGCAAGCCGUGCGGACAUGGCCUACAGGUGUACAAGGGAACUGCAUGCAUCUCAGAUGGACAGUACACUGAUGAUAAUGGAAGGAUGUUUGACUUCAGAAAUCUCAGUAACAGUUUUAAGUUUAUCCGGGGCAGUCUGUUGUUCACAUCUAGUGGUACCCAGUACUACCAUGGCUUCAAUAUCAGCCUGUUUGGUACACCAGACAAAUCUCACGUCAUCUGUGAAAAUAACGUCACAAGAUCGGAUACUCACAUAUUCAGUCAUGCAGGCAAACCGGACAUCACAAAUGCACUCCGUGAGCCAAGUCAGAUUGUUGCUAGGAUCUGUAGGACAACACUGGUACCAUCUGACAGUUCCAAUACUGUCAUGACCACCCAGUCUGCAAGUUUGGGAGAUCGUCUAGUAGAGAUAUUACGCAACCAGACAUCACUUACAAUGAGCAAUGGAACAAAAUCUCUAGAAGAACUCUACAAUGCUAGUGGAUUUGAUAUUUCAGAGAUGGACAAUGAUAUACAAGUUCACUUUGCUGCAGAAACGCCAACAAGAGCUUGUCCUGCAGGCCGUCACUCACUGGUCAGUUUACGGUGUGAUGAGGAUCAGAAGGGGCAAGGGGAUAUAACUCUGCCACCAAAAUGUGCUGAUGGUACGUGUGACGGAUGUAUGUUCCAUUUCAUGUGGAACACGAGACUUGCCUGCCCUAUUUGUCAGAAGGAAGACUUCAGUCGAGUUGUUGGAGAAUGUUUACAGGGUACACAGACCAUACACUACUUUCCUCCAAGUCAUUGUUUGGUACCAGAUAACAUGCAGAAGAUUGAGGAGAAACAGAAAUGUACAGUCAGACUGGCUUCCCUGCCACUUAUAGUUCAGGUAGCUGUACCAGUAGUGGUGGUCUUGGCACUGUUGUUCUUCCUCCUUGUCUGCUUCUUCUGGAGGAAAAACAAAAAGCUGGAGUACCGUUACAUGAAGUUGGUAGAGAAUGCAGGUGGGGCGGAAGGAGAGCUGCCAGGAGUUGACAGUUGUGCCCUGGAAGAGGGGGAGGAUGAACAGGGGGAUUCUGUACAGAUACGCAGCAGUAAAGGGGCAAGGUUCUUCAAGAAACUUUCAAACAAAAUCAAAAAGAUGGGAAAUACAGAAUCGGAUGAUGUGUUUGAGUCGGCCGUGUUGAAUGAGAGAAUGCCUCUGACCUAGGAACAGAAUGAACAAAACUUGGAACGGUGAAGCAAAUGUGAUCUACAGCAAAGAAGAAUCUCAAAAUAACAACUGGAGUUGGUUUAAUUUAAGGCCAUAUUGUAAAUAGUUAAAAUUAUUUCAUGUUAAGAAUGAUUUUUCGUUGUCAUUUUGGAUGAACAUUGUUUUAUAUGCUUCCAGAAUAUAAGCAUUGAGGUGAAUGUGUAUGAAAGAGAAUUUUAACAGCAAAUUCAGUCUGAUGUUUGAAAAACUAUUUUGUACUGUUAGUUCAUUUUAGGCAUUUAGCUAAUUAUUAAAAGAAAUUCAAUACAUUAGAGUACAUUGUAUUUGUAAUUGUAUAAAAUUAUAUGAUCUGCUGGAAGAGAAACUUAAUACGUUUAAAACUCAGUAUAGAUGUGACAGAAUGCACAGAAUGAUGUUAUUGCUUAGAGUCAAAAGCUUGUAUGCUCCCAUUGUUUGUUCAUGUUAAUACAUUUAUUUGUACCAGAAUGGCUUAUUUAUUAGCUCACCUGUCACAAAGUGACAAGGUGAGCUUUUGUGAUCGUGCAGCGUCCGUCGUCCGUUCAUGCAUGCGUAAACUUUUGCUUGUGACCACUCUAGAGGUCACACUUUUCAUGGGAUCUUUAUGAAAGUUGGUCAGGAUGUUCACCUUGAUGAUAUCUAGGUCAAGUUCGAAACUGGGUCACGUGCGGUCAAAAACUAGGUCAGUAGGUCUAAAAAUAGAAAAACCUUGUGACCUCUCUAGAGGCCAUAUUUUUCACAAAAUCUUCAUGAAAAUUGGUCAGAAUGUUCACCUUGAUGAUAUCUAGGUCAAGUUUGAAACUGGGUCACAUGCCAUCAAAAACUAGGUCAGAAGGUCAGAUAAUAGAAAAAUCUUGUGACCUCUCUAAAGGCCAUAUUUUUCAUGGGAUCUGUAUGAAAAUUGGUCUGAAUGUUCAUCUUGAUGAUAUCUAGGUCAAGUUCAAAACUGGGUCAUGUGCGGUCAAAAACUAGGUCAGUAGGUCUAAAAAUAGAAAACCUUGUGACCUCUCUAGAGUCCAUACUUUUGAAUGGAUCUUCAUAAAAAUUGGUCAGAAUGUUCAUCUUGAUGAUAUCUAGGUCAGGUUCAAAAGUGGGUCACGUGUCUUCAAAAAGUAGGUCAGUAGGUCAAAUUAUGAAAAAAACCUUGUGACCUCUCUAGAGGUCAUAUUUUUUAAGGGAUCUGUAUGAAAAUUGGUCUGAAUGUUUAUCUUGAUGAUAUAAAGGUCAGGUUUGAAACUGGGUCAACUGCGAUCAAAAACUAGGUCAAUAUGUCUUAAAAUAGAAAAGCCUUGUGACCUCUCUAGAGGCCAUACCCUUGAAUAGAUCUUCAUGAAAAUUGGUCAGAAUAAUCACCUUGAUGAUAUCUAGGUCAAGUUUGAAACUGGGUCACGUGCCAUCAAAAACUAGGUCAGUAGGUCAAAUAAUAAAAAAACCUUGUGACCUCUCUAAAGGCCAUAUUUUUCAUGGGAUCGGUAUGAAAGUUAGUCUGAAUGUUCAUCUUGAUGUUACCUAGGUCAAGUUCGAAACUGGGUCAACUGCGGUCAAAAACUAGGUCAGUAGGUCUAAAAAUAGAAAAACCUUGUGACCUCUCUAGAGGUCAUACUUUUCAUGGGAUCUGUAUGAAAGUUGGUCUGAAUGUUCAUCUUGAUGAUAUCUAGGUCAAGUUUCGAAACUGGGUCAACUGCAGUCAAAAACUAGGUCAGUAGGUCUAAAAUUUGAAAAAUCUUUUGACCUCCCUAGAGGCCAUAUUUUUCAAUGGAUCUUCUUGAAAAUUAGUCAGAAUUUUUAUCUUGAUGAUAUCUAGAUCAAGUUCAAAACUGGGUCACAUGAGUUCAAAAACUAGGUCACUUGUCAAAUAAUAGAAAAAACGACGUCAUACUCAAAACUGGGUCAUGUGGGAACAGGUGAGCGAUUCAGGACCAUCAUGGUCCUCUUGUUCAUAUUAAAUUUUAUGUCUCCCACCAUAAAGUGGUGUGGGAGACAUAUUGAUUUACUCCUGUCUGUCUGUCUGUCUGUCUGUCACAAAGCUUGCCCGCACUCUAAGUCGAACAUUUCUUAUCUGAUCUCCACCAAACUUGAACAAAAUGUGUUUGACCAUAAGUCCUCGGCCAAAUUCGAUAACUAGCCAAAUCAGCCCAGGCACUUUUGAAUUAUGGCCCUUGAAUUACGAAUCGGGGUCCAUUCGUCUAAACCAUCCAGAACUCCCAGACAUUACUGAUGAGAACCAUUCACCCAAACCACCCAAACCACUUUGAAUCACUAAAUGAUUAGGCAGUUGUGGGAGACAUGUGCUUUUCUCAAAAGCAGCUCUAGUUGUUCACUGUGUCAGGUAUUUAAAAAGUCCAGUUUUGGCAACAAUAUGGCGGAGUUAGAACUUUUUUUAGGAGGAACUGUGUGUUUUGUUGAUUAGUAUAUUAAUUUCAAAAUGAGCCAACAAAUAUGGUAGACUACCAUUUAGUUUUACACACCUCGAAUUUACAUGACAAAUAAAAGGACAUCUCCAGUCCCACAUAUGUAUUAUUAGAUAUGAUAUAUGUAUAUGAGGAAGCACUAUAGUUAAAUAUGGGUGAAAUCCAGAUAUAUUUGUUUUUUUAUGCCCCCGAAGGGAGGCAUAUAGUUUUUGAACCGUCUGUCCGUCUGUCAGUCUGUCAAUCUGUCGGUCUGUCAGUCUGUCAGUCUGUCCGCAAUUUUUGUGUCCGGUCCAUAUCUUUGUCAUCGAUGGAUGGAUUUUCAAAUAACUUGGCAUGAAUGUGUACCACAGUAAGACGACGUGUCGCGCGCAAGACCCAGGUCCGUAGCUCAAAGGUCAAGGUCACACUUAGACAUUAAAGGAUAGUGCAUUGAUGGGCGUGUCCGGUCCAUAUCUUUGUCAUCGAUGGAUGGAUUUUCAAAUAACUUGGCAUGAAUGUGUACCACAGUAAGACGACGUGUCGCGCGCAAGACCCAGGUCCGUAGCUCAAAGGUCAAGGUCACACUUAGACAUUAAAAGAUAGUGCAUUGAUGGGCGUGUCCGGUCCAUAUCUUUGUCAUCGAUGGAUAGAUUUUCAAAUAACGUGGCAUGAAUGUGUACCAUAGUAAGACGACGUGUCGCGCGCAAGACCCAGGUCCGUAGCUCAAAGGUCAAGAUCACACUUAGACUUUAAAGGAUAGUGCAUUGAUGGGCGUGUCCGGUCCAUAUCUUUGUCAACCAUGGAUGGAUUUUCAAAUCACUUGGCAUGAAUGUGUACCACAGUAAGACGACGUGUCGCGCGCAAGACCCAGGUCCGUAGCUCAAAGGUCAAGGUCACACUUAGACGUUAAAGGUCAUUUUUCAUGAUAGUGCAUUGAUGGACGUGUCCGGUCCAUAUCUUUGUCAUUCAUGCAUGGAUUUUAAAAUAACUACGCAUGAAUGUGUGACACAGUAAGACGACGUGUCGCGCGCAAGACCCAGCUCCGUAGGUCAAAGGUCCUAAACUCUAACAUCGGCCAUAACUACUCAUUCAAAGUGCCAUCGGGGGCAUAUGUCAUCCUAUGGAGACAGCUCCUGUUUAUUGUGAAUUUUUAUUUUUAUGUGGAGGUACGGUUGCAUAUUUUACUUGUAUGAAAUCCAGUAGAUAUAUAUUUAUGGCAGUUAGACUUUCUAUUUUUACAUUGUGUAUUGCAUUUAGUAUGCAUAACACUGUCUAUACAGCGUGUUUAUUAUUUGGGUGCUCUUUGAUUUAUUAAGAGCAAAAAUAAACACAGAUUUUAUUUUUUUUUGUUUUUCUUAGUUUUUCAGUUAUACUGUACUUUUUUGACUACAAGCAAAAUAUCAAUGCAUUUCUUUCAAGACUGGCAUUGACCUUUAGCCUGCUGGCGGCAAUUGGUUUUGCCUUUGCAGCUGGUGCAGACCAAGAUCAGCCAGCAUGUCCGUGCAGGCUGAUCAUGGUCUGCACUGUUCACUGUUCAGUAAGUAAAUUUUCUGAAUAUUGAAUGACAAAUGGUAUUGCCCAAAUUGAAUGAUGGACCAGUCCAUUUUAGAAAUUUAGCAGGGUAAAGGUUAAAGUCUGAUGAAAAACAUCACUUCUCAAAAUAAGGGUCAAUAAUUUUCAAGUAAAUUGGUAACUCAGCAUAUGUACAUAAACAUCUGAAUAUUUACUGACUUGUCAGAUGAGUUUCAGCUUAUGUCUUAUAUUUUACAUUGGUUGUAGAAAAAGUUCUCAAAAUUUUUUUAGCUAUGCUUUGACUGCUUGCUAGAUGUCUGACCAGACUAUACUCUGGUCUAAGUAAGGUAUUGUGGAAAUCAGUCAUGUUUUGAUCUCACUGGAUUCUGACUUGUGGGUCAGAGGCUGAAACCCCCUACGUCACUGCAUCACAGAAUGAUUGUCAGUAUAUACCCUAAAAUCUUAAUACUUAUAUUUCAGAUUUUAAAACCUAGAUUGAAAAACGAAACUUCCAAUUUUGGAACUUACAAUUAACAGAAUGAUCAGUGGGGUUAGAUAAUUAAUUCACACGAUUAUUUAGUUAAUGUAUGUAAUUGGAGGGAAGAUUACUUGCACAAGAUAUAGCAUAAUUAUGUUUUGGCACAGUCUUUACAGGUAAUUAAAAGGUUCAGAAAUAGCAAGUGUACUGUGCAUAAUUGCUGUGUAAUUAACUUGCUUAUUAUGCAACUCUUUUCAUGUUUAUGAAAUAAAUCAGUUUGUCUACCAAUUUUAUUGUCAUGAUACUAAUUAUUGGGAGUAAAGCUGAAAUCUUUCAUUGACUAGAACACAUAUUUUGACUAUUGAAUGGCACAUUUCCUAUAAAAAUAGUGCCUGUUAUAUAGAAGGAUAUUAGUACUUAAGCAUGAUGAGGUUCAUAAACCUUGAUGUCAAGUCUAAUUGUGCACUGUUUUAAACAGAAAACUAUAAAACAUAUUACUUUGUACUUAAAAUAUAUUUGUAUAUUUUAGUGUUAGUUACACAGUAUAUCAUCAGGACUGCACCUUGUUGUUUAUAUAUGUACAGUAAUAAUAAGAAAUAACUGAUGCAUAAACACAUGUAAUAUGUAUACAGUACAGUUUCUGCAAAUACUUUGUUUUUUUUUUUGUUUUUUUUUUCUUUUACAAAAGCUGUUACUUUGUUUUGACAGAAAUGUUUUCUUUCACUCAUUUCAGAUCUGAACGAAAUUGUUAGAUAUUUUAAGAUUUUUUGUUUUGAUCAAUAUGUGUUCUUUAUUGCCUUUAUAUAGAACUGUGGUGAGUCUUACCUACAUUCCAUAUGUGUGAGCAAAAUUAGUUAACACCACAGGUACAUCUAUGGGUAUGUUUCUUUGUAUGUAUACAGUGGACUCCCUCUAAACCAGAAACCACUCAAAACCGCUGAUUUUGGUGCACUUUCAGCUGUAAUUAAGAAUUUGUUGCCUGAUACAGAAAGCAUUUGUAUUAGGAUCAGAUGAACAAAUAGCAUGUCUAAAUACAGAUGAGUCAAUAACUCGAUCUCACUUAUCUCAAAACUUACGCUAUCCCGAAUACAUUUUCAAGUCCCGUCCCUAAAACAUGGCACAAAAUUUUAUUUUAUAUCGUAAUUCGGUUUUCUUGAAAUAAAACACUUGAGCCCUUGAAAUUCGAGUUUGAGCUGUUCUUAGUUUCCUUUGUUAAGUUCCAUUUAACCUUUGAUUGCAAGUAUUGUGUUACGUUAGAAAUGAUGUGAGGUUCUAACACUGUAGAAAUGUAUUUUAGGCUUGAUUUAUAAAAUCUCUGUCUGUGUAUUACACAUAUUGUGGAAAAUGUCUUGUUUCACAAUAUUUUGAAUCUCAAUUCACACACCUGGUAUUAGUAGAUAAACCUAUAUACAUGAUUGUUUUGGUGUUUAUUUGAAAAUAUUAUAUCAUUCCAAAGAUUUCAUAGGUGAUGUUAACUGUCAUGUACAAUGUUUACGGGCGCCAUUCCAGUUAUAAAUCUUUACUACACAGUUACAUUUUUAUAUUUCAACCAUUCCUUAAUAUAUACUACAAAUUUGAUGCUUUUCGUGAUGUUUUUGUAUCAUACUUUAUAGUCUGUAGCCUUUAUAUACAUUGUAAGUAAUCCAAAGUUUUGACACUGUUGCCCUAGAUUUGCCAGCCAUGAUGUUCAGUGUUAUUAGAACAGAUAUAUUCUACGCAGUUAUACACAUUCUGCCGUUCAUUGUUUACACUUGAGACAUUCAGAACAAGAUCAGCAUUUGUUGCAAUUAAAUGCCGGUUUUUACAUGACCUCAGAAAUUUCUUGAGUAAUAAAAGUAUGUGACUGUGAAAGAAGUGUGUGGAAGUUCCAUCUCUAUUCAGACUAGUAGUCACUAAUCUGGGUGCUGAAACUGUCCAUUUUUCCGAAUAAUUCUAUUUAGCGAUGCUGUAGUAAUUUUUCAUCACACUUUAUUUAUUGGCAGAUCAUCAGUCUUGCUUAUUUAUUCCAUAUUUUUGUGGAGUGGGUGUUUAUUUGUGUGUAAGAAUUUAUUUAAUCUUUAGCCUGCUGGCAGCAAGUGAUUCUGCCCUUGCGACCAGUGCAGACUAAGAUCAGCCUACACAUCCGUGCAGUCUAAUCAUGGUCUGCACUGUCCGCUAUUCAGUCAGUUAAUUUUCAGUGAAAACCCCUUUGAAUAAUAAGUGGUGCUGCCCAAAUUGAAUGUGAUGGACCAGUCCAUUUUAGAAAUGUAGCAGGAUAAAGGUUAACAAGUUAGGUUGAUUUCUUGACUAUGUAUAAUCCUUUAACUGAUUAUCUGUUUUAAGGUUGUGUUGUUUUAUUCUCUAAAUGUUGUAACAUGUAUCAGUGUAUGAUUGACCUCAUCUUCUUUUUUGAUGUUCACAUUGUUAGAAGUAAUUUAAUAUACAAAUUUAUUUUGUGUUCCAGAAAUUUCAAAGUUGUUGCUGUAUCACUUAUGAAAUUGCUUUGGUUGUGUAAUGCAUUUUUCUGUGUAUUUAAUAAUUGUCAUUUGAUAAGCAUAAUAACAAAAAGUGAUAUUAUAAAGGGUUGUGCAAAAAGUGGAAAAUAUUAAAAGGGGUGUGCAAAAAGUAUAGAAUAUUGGAAAGGGUUGUGCAAAAAGUACAGUAUAUUGGAAAGGGUUGUGCAAAAAGUACAGAAUAUUGAAAAGGGUUGCACAAAAAGUACAAAAUAUUGAAAAGGGUUGUACAAAAAGUACAGAAUAUUGAAAGAGUUGUGCAAAAAGUACAGAAUGUUAGAAAGGGUUGUGCAGAAAGUACACAAUAUUAGAAAGGGCUGUGCAAAAAGUACUAGAUACUAGUAGUGCAUAAAGUUCUCAUUGUAGUAAAGGGUUUUGCAGAUAAGUUCUUGAUAUUGAAAGGGUUGUGCAAAAGUAGUUAGUUUAUAUUUUAUAACUAAAUAGAUCAGAAUUUAGUCAUUUAUAGUUAAAUGUGCAGUAAUCGAGUAGAAUGUAAAAGAAAUAUCCUGAGAAAUACUUAUAAUACUUCCUAAAGUAUUGACUGGUCAGUAGUCUGUAAUAUUUGAAACAAAAAUCUGUCAAACCAAUAUCUUCUCUCUAGAAACUAAUUAUCUCUUUCUUUCAGUCAGGUUACAAACAUGGAUAACAACAUGACAUAAAAGACAAGAUUUAUACCUCCUAAAGCCUGCUGAGUGUUUUUGUUUGCUGGAAAUUUGUCAUGUAACAAAUAUUCAAAUAAAAGUUUGCCCUUUUUAACUUCUGAAAAAAAAAAACAGCGAAAUUUCUUUAGAAUUGUAGCAAAAACUAAGCUUUGGUUAAUCCCCCGUUAUGACAGAUGGAAUAUUUAGAAAUUUUAACCUUUAGCCUGCUGGUGACUAUAAGGAUCUUACAUGCCUGCCUGUGUAAGAUGGGGUUUUCCCUACCCGAGGGACAGUGUGGAAUGGAAAUCCGAGCAUUAGCGAGGUUUUUUAUCCAUGCUGUCCCGAGGGUAGGGAAAACAGCUGUCUUACACAGGCAGACAUGUUAGAUCAUUUUUCUUGCCUAUCAUGUUCAAAAUCUAUAUUGUUGAGACAAAUAGGUUUUUGGUAUUUCCUGACAUUAUUUAUAAAGUUUAUGACGUAACAAUGGUACCAGUACUAUGUGACGUCACCUUAGUGCACGCUAUUUUAGACAUGGUUUUUCCCUAGGGAAAGACAGGAAUAUCUAUCCCUGGCGCGUGCUUGGAUAAAUGUAUACUUUCCCCGAUAGGUAGGCAAGAAAAGUGAUUCUGCCUUUGCGACCAGUGCAGUCCAAGAUCAGCCUUCACAUCCAUUCUGUCUAAUCAUGGUCUGCACUGUUCGCUGUUCAGCCAGUAUCAUUUUGGUUAGCCUGGCUCCCUGGCUGCAUGGUUAUUUUUAUAUAAAUACUGCCAGCAAAAUUAGAAAAUCUUAAGCCUCUAAAAUAGCACAUUUUAUCUGAUGGCUGAACCUAUGUUCGGAGCCAGGGGCAAUAAAAAAUGUCAGUGUAUAGAUAACCUGCUGGUGUUACUUCCCUCUUAAUGAAUGAACUUGUAUAUAUGUAAAUAAGAACAAACAUAGGGACGGGAGCCAGUCUACAUUUUGGUAAGCAACCCUUUUAACAGUUAAUGGUACUGUCCAAAUUGGAAGAUGGACCAGCCCAUUUUAGAAAUUUAGCACAGGUUAAUUACAAGUGAAUUAUAUGGGACAAGAGUAGGAAUAUUUCAUACAGUGUUAAUUACAUAAAUAGUUCAAUUAACAAUAGAAAUCCUUAUCUAAGUCUAGGGUAAGAAGCAGAAAGUUCAUAUUAAAAGGAUUUUGUUUACACAUGGUCCUUGCUUGUCCAUUUUUACAAGUUGUUUCGUGAAAUAAGAGUGCCUUGAAUGUGAUUGAUACUUGUAAAAUUGAAACUGUCUUUUUAUGUCAAUUUUCUUUUUUGAAUUAUUUUACCAAAAAAUGUAUUUUCUGUUUUAGAAAUCCAAGGAACUUUAGGAUCGUAAUAAAAUUAAGUAAGUAAAUACUGUUCAGUAUUGCUCUUAAAAGAAUGGUUGUUUAAAUAAGAUGUAUUGAUUUUCAACUGAAAUCCAUGAUGGAGAGGUAAGUGAGUUUGGAGACCAGAUAAAUCUUAAGCAUUUGAAUGGUUGUUUUAAAACAUGUUGAAACUGAUCAGUCAGAGACUGGUCUAAAACUUUUGAACCAGGUAGUGCCUACACUGGUAAAUGUUCUGAAGCUGAGAUCUGUCUCGGAUAAAAAAAUUGAGCUAGUUUUUGAAAGUUACUAACAUCUAAGAGAGAUUUAACAUUUAAAAAAGUUGUGUUAAGAACAUAGCAAAGACUUACAAAAAAAUGUUUCUAAAAUAUGUAUCAUUAAGUUCACUUUCCUUGAAAUUUUCUCUCAAAAACAAAUAUAUCUAGGUAAGGAGUUGUUUCUAAUUAAAAGUAAUUUGAUUUAAAAACAACUGGUGCGGUAAAUUAUCAUUUUUUGUUUCAUAUGCAAAGACCAAGUUUCAUUUUGUAAUCAUUUUUGACUAAACAAAUUCUAUUCACUAUAUUGUUGUAUAAUUGAAGGGUUGGGUAUGUUGUAAACUUUGACUUCUUUUCCAUAAUUGAGCCGCGCCAUGAGAAAACCAACAUAGUGGCUUUGCGCAGUCUGGUCAGGAUCCAUGCUGUUCGCUUUCAAAGCCAGUUGCAGUUAGAGAAACCGUUAGCGAACAGCAUGGAUCCUGACCAGACUGCGCGAAUGCGCAGGCUGGUCUGGAUCCAUGCUGGUCGCAAAUGCACUAUGUUGGUUUUCUCAAGGUGCGGUUCAUAUGUAAUCACACAUGAGUUUAGUUUGUCUCAGUUUUCUUUUGCAGUUCGUUAUUAUUUAUACAUGAAUUUACUUCUCUUUUCGCAUUUAAUACAAGUUUGUUAAUACAUAUGAUUUUAAAACUUUACAAAAUAAAUUUAUUCUCUGCUACUGAAAGAUA